CCCCGUGUAGCCGCCGUUAGCCCCCCGUCAGGCUCUCCCCUAGCGCCCCCGGACCGGGGUUUGAUGGUGUAACGGCGGAACGCGGCACUCACCUGGGAUGCGAUUAUUUUAAGAAGAGUUCCGUGGAAAGAGCGUCAUCUGCGAACCGGACCGAAGAGGUGAGGACAACAGCCAGGACAUGGAGCAGCACCGACAGAGGGCUCUGUCCACAUCAGGAGAAUCACUGUACGCCGUCCUCGGAGUCGACAAGAACGCCACCCCAGAGGACAUCAAGAAAUGUUACAGGAAACUGGCGUUGAAGUUCCACCCGGAUAAGAACCCGGACAACCCCGAGGCGGCCGAGAAGUUCAAGGAGAUCAACAACGCCCACUCCAUCCUGACCGACCUGACCAAGAAGAACAUCUACGACAAAUACGGUUCUCUGGGUCUGUACGUCGCAGAGCAGUUCGGAGAGGAGAACGUCAACACCUACUUUGUCCUGUCCAGCUGGUGGGCGAAGGCGCUCUUCGUGUUCUGCUGCUUGGCCACUGGCUGUUACUUCUGCUGCUGCCUGUGCUGCUGCUGUAACUGCUGCUGUGGUAAAUGUAAACCUCGGCCGCCCAUGGACCAGGAACCAGAGUUCUACGUUUCCCCUGAAGACCUGGAGGCCCAGAUGACGGCGGACGAGAGAGAUGGUGGUGAACCCAUUGUGAUGCAGCCAUCUUCUGCCACAGAGACCACUCAGCUGAAGGCCGAUGCCCACCACAGCUACAGGACCGACGCUUAUUAACCACACCCACCUUCUGCCCCACCCACCACUGGCCAUGUGACAUGUUCAACCACAGCAGUAAUGAACCCCCCAACCAGCAGAGACCUGAAGGAGGAGGAGGAGGAGGAGGAAGA